AUGUACAGCAUCUGCAUCUAUGAGUCUAAACGUCAAGGCGGCCGAACGACCAAACGACCGAAGCUCGAUGCCUACUACGCGCAAUUUGUAGGCUUUGCUCAGAUCGCCGUUGAGGGCAUGCAUGCGCUUGCUCUUGCACACGACAGGCGCAAUACUGAGUGGGAAGGCAGUCUCACCGAUGCCGCAUUUGAAUCUAAUAGCAAAAAUGCGCCAAUCAACCUUCUCGAGUCUACACCCACGGCAAUCUUCUCAGAAUUCUUCUCAGACAAUGUUGUUUUCACUCAAGUGGCAGCUCGGGAUAGUACAGCUUUCGCAAUAACUAACAAUCAGCAAGUCUAUGAAUGCAGAACCUUUCGAGACAACGAAUGCAAGACAGGAUUCAUUGCUAGUCAUGGGUUAGUCAAUAACAAUGGCAAGAUAUUUGCUCAGGGUCAAGGGAGUAAAGUCGGCCGGGUCGACGUGUGA